CAGGUGGAGGUUGAGAACGAGUGGAAGGGCGACUACUAGAGUUUAGUUUGAGACUGUUCUUCAACGUUGGAGAAUGGUAUGGAAGAGGGGAAGCAAGGAUAGCGUAGAUAUAUUGGUAGAUUUAGGGAUCGCUUCAAAACUCGGAUAGACGCGACUUGAGGCCACAGCCGCGAAGGGCAUCAUUAGAAGUUUGAAGACAUACCGAAUCAACAUAACCUUCUCUCGCUACACGCACGACUUUAAUGAGAUCUGCACCUUUAUCCCAUCUCUCUACGCAAACCCCGUCACGUGCGCGUGCGGCGGGGUAUACCAACACACCAACACCCCUGCCCUCCAGGCAUCCAUCCCCUACCCCAAACCCAUACAACAAUGAAAUACCCCCAAACACACACCAGCCAUGAAUCACCCCAUAUACAUCCCCAAACUGCUCACCUGUCUCUACAGCUCCUUCCUCUCCUGUUUCGCCGGCGUCGACUGGCUGGAGGAAGCUUGCCUCGUCAUCACAGCAACACUCCUCGCCGCGGUCAUGUCAGCCUUGCCCUCCUCCCCCCCGGUUUCCCACCCACGUACUCACCACGCCCAUAGAAUCGUCCCUUUGUGGUGCGUCCCGGAAGAAAUCACGCGGCGAGUGGAGGAUUUCGUUGCUGCGCCUUUUGAGCAUUUGUGGCGCGUGCCGCAGAGGGAGGACCGGCCGCGGGCUAUCUAUCAAUGCGGGCCGCGCGUGGAGGAGCCGGAGGAGCCGGAUGAGGGGGAUUGGGGGGAUGGGGAUGAGGAGGAUAGUGCGUAUGAUUCUGGGUAUGCGGAUGAGUGGGUGAGUGAUCCGGGGUUUUGAGGGAGGGGUUUUAGGGGUGUGAAGGUGCUGUGGGGGAUAGAGAUCAGGGUGGAUGUUCUUUGGAGGAACUUGAAUUAAUUUUGAGGUAUCGUAUUUAAGCAUUAAAGUUGGAUUAUGAAAGGUAUUGA